AUGGCAUUUUGGGUGCAGACUAUCCUGCUUGUCAACAUAAUAACAUCAGCGGUAAGAGGGAGAGUGGAGAGAGAGCUGUCUGCCGAGUGCAGAGAAUUCCUCUACAUGGGAACACCACCGACUGGGCUGGAGCACCACUCCCUCCAGUUCAUUUGCCAACGUUACAACAAGAGGCCACGCUACAUGACGCUGUACAACACCGUGGACCACAUACCUGUGUAUUCUGCCUACACUUUCAAGCCCACAGAUGGGGAGAGAUGCGUGGAUGUCCCAUGGAUGUACGAACCACAGCUAUCCACAUCCUCUGAUACAGACGAGAUGCAGCCCUUCCCCAGUAGUUACAUGCACAUGAAUUUCGAAGAUGCCCAAGCUGUUCUGGAUGAUUAUACAAACGCCAUCUUUUACGAACGAGGCACCCUCAACCCGGUCGAGCAUCAGGACGAACUAGAUGACAAGGCCUCCACCUACACCCUCACCAAUGUUGUGCCCGUGGUGCCUGACUUCAACAUCGAAGUCUGGAAGGAACAGGAGCACAUCAUCCGCAAACGGCUGAACAACUACUGCCUCGGAACAGCUUACAUCGUCACAGGCAUCACCACCUCGGGGAAGAUGAUCCGUCGGGAAAACAUGAACCGCGUAGCAGUGCCCACAUACUUGUGGUCAGCUUAUUGCUGUGUCGACUACGACCGCAAUGCACCUUAUUUUGAGCGCUAUAAGUUCCCGUCUUUUGCUCACUAUGGCCUGAAUGAGGAGGAGAACAAUGAGGUGGUGGAAAUCUCCGUCCAGAAGCUGAAAGAGUUCCUCAAGAAGACUACCUUUGUCGACCAGAACUUUCAGAUAUUUGUGGGUGACUGUGUCCCACCAGGGUCCAGUAAAAUCAAAUAGUCAAAUAUUAUUUGUUCUGUUUUUAUUCUAUGAUGCAGCUAACAUAGAAUUUUUAUAACUAGUACCAAUACACACUGAGCUGUUUAGCGUGCUCCUGCUGUAUUUUAAACAGUUGAUUUAGAAAUAACUGGACAUUCGCCUCACUGAAAAUGUAAUACAAAUCUCCCUGCCUUGUCUAAUUUGCAGUAAUAAACAUUUGCAAA